AUGGAACCGCUCAACAUUGCUGUCGUUGGUCUUGGCAGAAUGGGUAAACGCCAUGUCCAUACCCUGCUGUACCGUGUCCCUCGGGCUCGUGUUGUAGCCGUGUGUACCACCGACAGCAACGAGAUCCAGUGGGCUAGAGACAAUGAAGAAUACAAGGAAUUCGGUAUCAAUGUCUAUGGCAACUAUGACGAGAUGCUGGAUCACCCGGGGCUCCAAGCUGUCUGGAUCUCCACAAGCACUGACGUCCAUGCGAGUCAGUCACUGGCAGCGAUUUCUAAGAAUAUCCAUACGCUCUGCGAGAAACCGCUUAGCACAGACAUUGCAGAGGCGCAAUCCGUUGUUGAUGCCGCAAAGCAAAACCCAUCAGUUAAGGUAAUGGCAGGAUUUUCUCGCAGGUUCGAUGCUUCCUAUCGCGACGCUGGAGAAAAGAUCUUCCAGCAGCAAUCCAUUGGUGCACCGUUCAUGGUCCGGUCCAACACGUGUGAUCUUCGUGAUGAGACCGGUUUCUUUGUUCGAUAUGCUGCCCGAAACGGAGGCAUUUUUGUUGACUGCGCCAUUCACGACAUUGACUUGUCACUCUGGUAUCUCAAUAACCCUGUCCCUAAGGCUUGCUGGGCAGUCGGUACUCUGCAGCAUCAUCCAGAGCUGAAAGAUCUUUCCGAUGUGGACAACGCCGUGGGAAUUGUUGAAUUCUGGGGGGGCAAGAUCGCGUAUUUCUAUUGCUCGCGCACCCAAGCCCAUGGCCAUGAUGUGUGCACCGAGAUCACCGGAACCCACGGGAAGUUGAUGGUCAACGUCGUUCCUCAGCAAAAUAAUGUUGUCCUUGCCGACAAGCUUGGCAUGAGACACGAGGUUCAGCCGGAGUAUUGGCAACGAUUCGAGGAUGCGUUUGCGUUGGAGGCCAACGAGUUUGUCGAAGCCAUUGUCAAAAACAAGGAGCUCCCUCUUAAGCUUGAAACUGGAAUCACUGUUAUGAAUAUUGGACAAGCCCUGCAGAAAGCUCUGUUGACUGGGGAAGUCACAAGGUUCAAUGAGAGCGGGGAAAUAUUGAAUUAG